AUGAAGGGAUAUCUUGAUAAUUCAGUAGAGAUUCAAUACAAAAAAUAUACCGAAAUAUACAGAAAUCUUUUAUUUUCUAGGAUUUUAAGAUUAUUUUGUCUUUCUCUUCUAUUCUUUUUGAUACAAUAUGUGUCUAAAUCAAAGAACGAAGUAUUUUUUGAACUGAAGGAAAGCAAAGUUUACUCAAGAAAAUUAAUGGAAAACGAAGAAGAAAAAAUAAAAAUUUUUCAGGAUAAUACAGAUUGUAGCAUAGUUAAUCUUUGGGCUUCACAACGUGCAAAAUGGAGAAAAGGAAAUUAUGAAAUGAGAAAGAUGGCACAUGAAGAAUGGAAAAGAGAAUGUUUGGAAAAUAAUAUAAAUGAUAGUAUGUGGAUAAAUAAAACAUGGUUUAACUGGAGAUUUAAAAGUACUGAACAAAUUUUGAAGAAGAUGGGUGAAGAUCAUAUAAACUUCUUAUGUUUUUUGAAUACAUUUCCUAGUUAUAAUAGUAUAUAUGAAUAUUUGGAAAACAUGAAAAAAUCGUUAGAAAAUUACCAUGAAUUAAUAUUAAAUAAUUGGAGAUGCUACAUGAAUGAUUCCAUUAAUGAUUGGAAAGAACAAAGAAAAAACUCUCUAAAAAAGGAUGAGUCAUAA